AUGAAAAGGAAAAUUGAAGAAGAACCCGUGACGGACAACAAAAAACUAGAUAUAAAGUUCACCAAAGAAGAUAUUCAUUCAUUUUUCAACGAUCAAAUAUGGGAACCAGAUUUUCAAAAUUUAAAACAAGAAGAAGUUGCAAAUAGUAGUCCUUACAAAUGGGGUACUAUCAAAGAUCUUAUAAAUGACAAAUUAUUAAGAGAUGUAAGGAAAGAAGUGCUAUCGCUGAUAGCAUUUACGAAAAAGGAAACUGAUAUAUACAAGGUAUAUCAAUCGGGUGAUUUAGCAAAUCUUUCAGGACUAGACUGGGAAGAUCUAUCAAAACUACCUUCAUUAUAUAAAUUAAGAGCUGCAAUUUAUAGUCAGGAGUUUAGAGAUGUGAUAUCAAAAAUAACAGGAAGUGGAAAAUUAAGUGGAAUCAAAACAGAUAUGUCAAUAAAUACAUAUACUAAAGGAUGUCAUUUAUUAACCCAUGACGAUGUAAUAGGAAGUAGAAGAGUUAGUUUCAUAUUAUAUUUACCUGAACCAGAUAAAGUAUGGAAACCACAGUAUGGUGGGGCAUUAAGAUUAUUUCCAGCAAUUGUACCUAACGUACCUCAAACUGAUUAUGAAUGUAAAUUAGUACCUCAAUUUAAUCAAAUUGCAUUUUUUACCGUCCAACCAGGAUUAAGUUUUCAUGAUGUGGAGGAAGUUCGUGAAGAUAAACAUAGAUUAUCUAUACAAGGAUGGUUUCAUAUACCACAGCCAGGUGAGGAUGGAUUUGUUGAAGGGGAACAGGCUAAAACUGAAGCAUUAUCUACAUUACAACAACUACAAAGUAAGGAGCUACAAGAUUUUGAUUUUCCAAAAAACAUAAGAGAUGAAAUUAACCCAUUAGAGUUAAAAAACAUCGAAUUUGAAGAAACGACUGAGGAAGAAUUGAAUUAUUUAAGAAAAUUUUUAAAUCCAAAGUAUCUCGAAAAUGAUGUAGUUAAUAAAUUGAGUGAGUUUUUCAUAAAUUCGUCGUUACUUGAAUUGAAGAACAUUUUGAAUGAAAAAAUUGCAACUUCACUAAGGCAAUUAUUAAGAAAAUCCGAAAUAAAUAGUCAACCACCACAAAAAUCAACUGCAGUGAAACAUCCAUGGAAAAUAGCAAUACCACCACAUAAACAAAGAUACAUGUAUAUAGAUGGGAAAUCACAUCAUACGUUAACAAAAGAAUCAAUCAAUUUUGUAAACAAGAUAGGACCUCAAGAACAACCAAACUUUAAUUUACUUAGUCCUAAAAGCUCAAAAGAUACAGAAUUAAUUGAAAUUGCAAAAUUCUUAAAAUCCAUAGCGUUCAAAAAGUGGUUGAAGAGAAUAACUCACCUUAUACCAACAACUGAACAAAUUUUAGUACGUAGAUUCAGGCCUGGGCAUGAUUUCAUAUUAGCCACCACUAUAGAUUCAGAAAUAGCAAGAAAUGAUCAAGAAGAAAAUGUUUUAUUAGAAGCUACUUUGGAUUUGACUCCUACGGCUAUAAAACCUCAAAGUUGGGAAUCUGGAGAAUUUGGAGGUUAUGAAUUGUGCAUGGAACAACCUGCUGAAGACCUUGAAGAUGACGAUCCAGCUAUCUAUAAAUCAAACAAGGAUUCGGAAGAUGAUAGUGUUUUAUAUACUAAUCAAUGUAAAUGGAAUUCGCUCACUUUAAUUGUUAGAGACCCAUCAGUUUUAAAAUUUGUCAAAUAUGUUAGUAUUAAUGCUAAAGGUUCAAAAUGGGACAUUAGUUGUCAAUGGAAUGUUAAAAGUUCAGAAGAAGAAAAUGAUGAAGAAAAUGAUGAAGAAGAGAAAAACGAAUCUUAA